AUGUCUACUUUCUUCUACGGUCAUCACCAGCAGCAUCACCACCAGGGUGCUACUAGCCACAUGCCAUCAUCAAACAACCACCAUAACGGCCGCUCUCGCAGAGGGCCCAAGAUGGCCUCUCAGAAUGCUCAACGUCAAUUCCGCGGUGUGAAGAGUAUGAGAGAACUUGCCGAAGCCCCUGCUGUGACUGCCUUCCGUGCACGGUUUGAAGCUGGACGGUCUUUCGACCUGGACGACGACCUGGAGUUCUGUCCGGGUCUCCUUACAGAGGACGAUCUACACUCAAUUCACUCUGCUUCCUCGGAUCGGUCGUCUCUCUCUAGCGGUUCUCCAGACUCAUCCCCUCUUCAACACCAGAUUCAGCCUGUCCAACAGGUCACGCCAUCAAUCUCCUUGUCUCCUGCAUCUAGCAAUUCGUUCGUGCAUUCAGGGGUUAACAUGGGUUUCCAACAGCCGUCGGCGGUUCGCACUCGCAAAGUCAUUCCCAUCGUCAACCCUAACACCGGAAUGACAUUGACCAGCCCGCCCACGUCGAUUUCGCCUGGUGCGAUGCAGAAUGCCCAGCGGCGGUGGUGA